AUGGACCUCGUUGCUAAGCCACAUCUUCAGAGGACUGUGAAUCCACUAACACACAGCCCAGCUCACGACGGACUAGUUGAGUUGCCAUGGAUCGGCGCUCCCUUUGCGAUGGGCUAUAAAGGGUCUCAAGCUCGACCGCCUGUCGAAUGCUCAACGACCCUCCGUGUGGGUACAUCCAGUCCACAUCAACCAUGCUACUCGACUUAG